CCCGCCUCCACCGCCGCCCAUGCCGCCUAUGGGCAGAGGCGCUGGGGGUCCUCCUCCUCCGCCGCCGAUGAUGGGAAAAGCACCAGGAGGAAAGCCGCCGGGAGGAGCAGGGAGAGUAUGUUAAGCCCUUGGAGUCAAUCCCACCGAGGUGCUCUACUGUCAGAUAUCAACAAGGGGACAAGGUUAAAGAAGGUCACACAGAUCAAUGAUCGUUCCGCUCCGCAGAUAGGAAAGGUGUCAGACGGACCAAGUGGCCCACCGAUAGGAGGCGCUCCGCCCGUCCCCAUACCUGGCAUGGGAAAGGCACCAGCACCUCCCACAGGUCUCGCUCCGCCUGUGCCUGGAAGAGCGAGGAGCAAUAGCGAUACGGGAGACUCGGGUACGGCGUUGGGUGGAGCACCACAACUAGGAGGGCUAUUCGCAGGCGGAAUGCCUAAGCUGCGCAAGUCUGGCGGAGUGAACACGGGCGCGGACAGCAACUCACCAUACCUCUCGGAUCCGGAGACUUCACGGAACGCUUCACCGAAACCGCCACGAGGGGCAGCGCCAAAGCCACCUGGAGCAGCUCCCCCAACACCUCCAGUUCCUGGUGUUCGUCCGCCUAACCCUGCCAUUUCCGCCUUGCAAGCAAACCUCCGACCCUCGUCGAUGCUCUCGACGAAGUCAGCACCAGAGAUAAGCUCAAAGCCAAAACCACCACCGCCAAUAGGGAAGAAACCUCCCAUUCCUCCACCGUCUUCUCGAAAGGUCUCUGGAAUUGCGCCAUCAUCUCCGGCUCGGCCCCCUCCUGUGCCCGGUUCCGUACCUUCAGCACCUCCUCCUCCCCCUCCAACCUCCACAGCACCACCUCCGCCUCCUCCCGCUUCAAUACCGUCAGCUCCGCCACCUCCUCCGCCAUCUGCUGCUCCUCGACCACCCCCAGGCCGCUCGCCAGCUCCUCCGCCACCCCCACCACCGGCCAAAGCACAACAGGAUGACGGGGAGUACGACCCAUACCGAUACUCGAAUGGCCCACCAAAACCACCGGCAGCACCAGCGCCACCGCCUCCAAAAGCCCCCAAUGCCCUCACCCCGUCCAUUGCCGAACAAGCCGCCCGAAACGCCUUUGGCCGCUCAACGCCUUCGGCGCCUCCCCCUCCUCCCCCGGCAUCACCGCCGCCCUCAGCACCGAGCCUUCCACCUGGCGCUCCACCACCUCCUCCGUCUGCGCCUCCUGCUCCGGCACCGGCCCGCACACAGUCCCAACCACCAAUACGCUCGAUGUUAGAUCCCAGCGCCUACACUUUGACGAAUGGAGGCUCGAAGAGCGGACCGACGAGCCCUGGCCUUGCCCCCAGCACUGGAGGGAAAAGCAGGAUUGUCCCCAUCCAUGAUCUUCGGUGGAGGUUCCAGGACGAAUCGCAACUCCCCAGACCAAGAGAAUUUACCGGAGGUCCGAAGAGGUAUAGGGCAGGGAGGGGAAGUAGUGUGCCAUUGGAUUUGAGCGCUUAUGAGUAGAGCGUUGUUCUUGUGCAAUAACACUUUGAGAAAACCUGGUCCUGUUGCGGAAGGAUGUUUAGCAUGAUUCCAAGGCGAGCGGCGUCUAUUUGGUUCAGGGAGGCUUGACGGGCGUAGGAGCGGUUUGGGAUGAUGUAGAUGCGCUCUGCAACAAGUUGAGAAUAGAUCAACCAUAUUCCUGUG